AUGGAGGGGAAUAGCUCGGAUUGUAAGAUGGAGGUGGAGUUGUUAAAACAGCUGCAAAGUAGAAAGGAAGGAAUAUCUAAUACAGAAUUGGCUACCAUGUCUCCUCAUCUGGAUGCCCAAGGUAGAUUGGAGUUGAUCAAUAAAAUAAUGUCAACCGGCGAUGUCGAGCUGCUACAGAUCGCGGGAACCAACGACUUCAUCCUACAAUAUCGGAAGUCGGUGCUGCCGAUUGAUGCUCCAGCCGAAGAGCACUUAGUAAGAUUGUUUCUUCCGCAUGUUUGAAUGUUUUAGGUAUAUUCGAUCGUUGAAAGGGCCGAUAAGAACGGAGUUUGGAUAAGAGAUAUUAGAGACACCUCUGGUCUGUCCGAUACUCAGCUCAGAAGGGUAUUAAAGUCUCUCGAGCAAAAACGAUUGGUGAAGUCCGUGAAAGCAGUUGGAACCACGAAGAAAUGCUAUAUUCUGUUCAAUAUUGAUGCAGACGACAGCCUUACGGGCGGAACCUUUUAUUCGGAUCAACAAUUAGACUCCCAAUUUGUACAAACUUUAAUUCAAGUUUGUGUAACCAUGCUCCAGGUAAAAAAAGUAAUUUUAGUGCGUCGAGGUAAAUAACUCUCGGAAGCAGCUUUUUCCAGUUUGUUUGUUUUUCUAAUAUCUCGAUCAAUUUUGUCAAUCAUAUUUGCUCUUUAAGUGAUCUCGUGAUUUAUCCGCAUAGCCAAGUGAAGUCCUUAGAUUUAAAAUUUCUAUUUGCAGAAGGUCCGGACCACUGCCGAGGAUAAUAACCCGACCGACAAACGAAAGAAAAUUGAAGACUCUUUUGUGUCGUCUGAUGUUGUGGGAAAAUAUAUACAUGACAAGGCUAUAAGCAAGGUAGAACUCUCGGUCAGCGAUGUGGAAAGCAUUUUGGAUAUUGCAGUGCUGGAUGGAAAACUGGAGAAAAGGGUGGGAAAUCAGUACCGAGCCAGGCGAUUAAAGCCAUUUUUAAGUUCGUUGGUGACUACACCUUGUUUUCAAUGCCCCAUGGUGCUGGAAUGCCGACCAGGGCAUCGUAUUUCCCCCGAGAAUUGUGA